ACACGUAACCGGAAUCAUAAGUCCGAUAAUAUGGGAAGAGUAUGACGACGUUUCGGCUCGCUUAGUCUCCGCCCGCGAGGCUGCGAAACUCUCUUCCCCAGCGUCAGGGCAGACUAUUCGGAAAUAGGGUAGGGGAAGAAAACAGCCGCGUCGACACCUCCCUGUAAAUAAUUUAUAUGAUGAACAUAUACACUGUACCCAGAACCCAGAGCACUGAUUUAAGGUUCUUAGAGACCUUCAACGUAUAUCUGCGUCACAGGUACUCUCCGGGGAGGCUGCGGUUUACAGGACUUGCACCACGCUAAGAGCGGUAUUUUCCGCUGGCCACCGGGUUUGAGAUCUCCCUACCCAAGAGACAACCCUCACCGGGAACUCAAGCUUCAAAAGAAUCAUCAUACAACAGACUCCUUUAAGGCCAUGGUUCUCGCUGCAUGAGCGCUGUUGGCAUAUCUUUGAUCUUUUACCGGGUUUGCUCAGGCACCUCCGAUCGAUCGCUGCGAAGUAGUCUCUUCGGCUCAGCAUUCACGAUACAAACAAAAAUCAGCUCUCCUGACGCAACAGUGAGCCGCUGAUUCACCCAGGGAGAACACUUCAGAGUCUCUUAUAUAGAGUCGGCAGUAUCUUUCUGACCCUCUAUAAUAUCUCAACUGCUCAUGGUCAACAUUCGCUGACAUGAACAACCAACCACCACAACCCCCCUCGGGGCUCGAUCGCGAGCGGGAGCACGAAGAACUGCAUCUGCGCGAGCAGCAUAUCAUGAGGCAACAACAAGAGGAGAUGGCGCAGCGUAAUCGUGAGCACGAGGAGCGCGAAAGACAGCGUCGGGAACAGCAACAAUACCAAUCGGUGCCUCAACACCAGAACAACACCGGCACGAUCCCAAUCCAUCAGCCCGUCGCCUCGCGUCUCCCAGGCGCCAUCCACAGUCCCGGCGGCCUUCUAGCCAACCAUAACGGCUCAUCUCAGCUUGGUCCUUUGGGUGCGCCGACGGGUCCUGGGAAUGCCUUCGGUGGUCCAUUGCACGCCGAGGCCAACCGAUCAAUCCAGCCGCACAAUCAGCAGCAGAAUGCCGCGACCCAGCAGCAACAUCAAAUCUUUGGACCAAACAUCAUAAAUCACGUCGUUGGGCCCGCGGCUCCUAUAGGAGUCAACCAGGUCGCUGCGCCUGGGUUUGGAGGACCCCUCCAGCCAGAAGCUGCUGCUCGCUCGAUGCAGCAGAUGCCGUUUGGAGGCCCUGGUGGAGCUGCGCAUCCAGCACAGGGUGCCCCGGCAUUGGGACAGGGACAGCAACCGAUUUUAAAUGACGCGUUAAGUUACCUCGAUCAAGUCAAGGUUCAAUUCGUCGACCAGCCGGAUGUAUACAAUAGGUUUCUCGAUAUCAUGAAAGAUUUUAAGAGCCAAGCUAUCGACACUCCUGGCGUCAUCAACCGAGUAUCGGAUCUGUUUGCAGGGCAUCCGAACCUUAUCCAAGGAUUCAAUACAUUCCUGCCACCUGGGUACCGAAUUGAAUGCGGCGCUGGCAACGACCCAAAUACCAUCCGUGUAACGACGCCCAUGGGGACCACCGUCCAGUCCAUUACUGGGGCUGGCCGUGCCCUUCCUGAUGGCCCCCAGGCCGGUGCCAACGGCGGCUACUACCCAGCACAAAGAGGAAAUAACAAUAACUGGCAACAGCCGCAACACUCCAUCGAGAGUCCUGAAGCAGUGUUCAGCCCACAAUCUCGCAACGGCGUGCCACCAUAUGCCCAAGCCCAGGCACCGAAUGCCGUGUACGAAUCACAACAGGCGGCUGUGAAUGCUCAUCAGCAAGAACAGCGUGGAGUAUGUCAGCUUCAGAGUGCCAUUGCAACUGCCACCGGCCACCCUGUCGCGAGGAACGUAUUGACUCCUACGCCAACUGCCCAAGGUGCUGGCAUGAACGGAGCUUCAGCCCAGCAACCUGGUGUCGAGAAGCGUGGCCCUGUCGAAUUCAACCACGCAAUAAGCUAUGUGAACAAGAUAAAGAACCGCUUCCAAGAUAAGCCAGAGAUCUAUAAGCAAUUUCUUGAGAUUCUACAGACAUAUCAACGAGAGUCGAAGCCAAUCCAAGACGUCUAUGCCCAAGUUACUACACUGUUCGGCACUGCUCCUGACCUUCUAGAGGACUUCAAGCAGUUCUUGCCUGAGUCUGCUGCUCAGGCUAAGGCUGCUGCUGCGAAAGCUGCUGAGGACGCUGCAGCCAUUGGCCUUGCUGGAGUGUCGCAGGCACCACAGCCUCUUCAUGUUGCCCGUGGUGAACAGAAAUUGCCUCCUGUCGGAAAUUUCUUGCCUCCAAGCACCAGCAAAGAGGGUAAGAAGCGGCCACGUCCUCCGAAUGCACCAGCUCCGGUCCCGAUGGGUUCUUUGGGAGACGCAGCCGCUAGCCGGGCGUUUAUUGGGCAAGCAGGGAGUGCAAACAAAAGGAUGAAAACCUCGCACGGUACAAGAAUGGUUGAAGGUGCACCUGCUGUAUCUCCAACACUUACUCCUCAAAAACCCCAGCCCAUGUCGCCACUCAUGUCGACUGCUACGCAACAAUCUGAGGUUGCCUUCUUCGAUAAGGUGAAAAAGUAUCUGAGCAACAAACAGAUCUUCGCUGAAUUCUUGAAACUCUGCAACCUCUUUUCACAAGACCUCAUUGACAAGAACGUGCUCGUGCACAAGGUUAGCAACUUCAUCGGCCAAAAUGCUGAGUUGAUGGACUUCUUCAAACGCUUUGUCAACUACAGCGGACCUGAGGAGGUUAUUGAGAACCGCCCCAGAGCUCCAACUGGAAAGGUUUCAUUGAGCAACUGCCGUGGCUUAGGGCCUAGCUAUCGUCUGCUCCCCAAACGGGAGCGCCUCAAGGCAUGCAGCGGUCGUGAUGAGAUGUGCUACUCUGUUCUCAACGAUGACUGGGCAUCCCAUCCAACUUGGGCAUCGGAAGAUUCUGGGUUUGUUGCUCAUCGCAAAAACCACUUCGAGGAAGGACUCCACAGAAUUGAGGAGGAACGACAUGACUACGAUUUCAACAUUGAGGCGAAUGCCAAGGUCAUCCAACUUCUUGAGCCUAUUGCUCAUCAAAUCCUCAACCUUCAAGCACAUGAGAUGCCCACUUUCAGGAUGCCGUCUGGAUUCGGCGGGCAGAGCCAGUCUAUCUACAAGAGGAUCUUCAAGAAGAUUUACGGAACUGAGAAGGGCAAUGAGGUCGCCGCAGACUUGUUCAAGGAUCCGAUUGCUGUGGUCCCAGUCGUCCUUGCUCGUCUCAAGCAGAAGGACGAGGAGUGGAGAUUCACACAGCGUGAGUGGGACAAGGUUUGGCAUGUCCAGACACAGGCCAUGUACCUCAAGAGUCUCGACCACAUGGGUAUUUCUGUGAAGGGAGCCGACAAGAAGCUCCUGGCUCCUAGAGCCAUGACUGAGCUUAUCCGCAACAAGCAUGAGGAGCAGAAGCGCCAAAGAAGCCUCACAUCCAAUGUCCCGCGGUACCAGUUCCUGUACACUCUGGAUGACGACGAUGUAAUCAUCGAUGUUGUCCGAUUUGCGAUUCUCUAUGCCAUGAACGCGAACCAGCAUAGCCCUGCUGAAAGGGAUAGGAUCGCGGAUUUCUUGGAAGAUUUUGUUCCUACUUUCUUUGGCAUCUCGGUUGACACCGUUCGUGGCCGCGUCAAGGACAUCUCGAGAGGCUCGCCAGACGAGGAAAUAGAGGACACGACACCCGCAGAACUUUCCAACGGUCGUAGCCGCCGUGCAAAUGGCAAGGUGGACCAUAACCUUCUACGUGGCGUUCUCGAGCGCGGCAGAAACGGUACCAAGGGCCGUGGCCAGAAGGAGAGCAGCGUUGCCUCUGGAAGCAAAGAGUCGACUCCCGAUACUGGGUCGAUUGCCGGGGAUGAGGAGACUGUGGGAGAUCCUAUGGAUGAGUCUGGUUCUGGCGAGGCCCAGAAUGAGCGCUGGCUAGGCCGCCCCCCGAGUGCCGCGGCACUCCAAGGCGCACCACUUGAAGCGUCUGAUUUCGAGCUGAAGGCCGAUCAGCCGUUCUACCGCGAGUGGUACAGCUUGUACGCCAACCAGACAAUCUUCCAGUUCUUCAGCAUCUUUGAGGUGCUGUAUCGUCGCUUGAAGGCUCUCAAGGAUGGCGAGGCGGCAGUCACGGAAGAAGUGCGCCGGAUCAAGGCUCCCAAGCCUGCGAAGGAGAUCGGGCUGCUCGAGGAGCGCAAUGAUUGGUUUUCGCAGGAUUCUUCUGAGACUUACUACAACAGGGCUCUCAUGGUUAUGGAAGAGUUUGUGCUUGGCGACGUUGAGGAAGUCAAGUACCAGGACUUCCUUCGUACCUAUUACCUCCAGAGAGGUUGGGCGCUGUACACGAUCAGUGAUCUUCUGAAGAACAUUUGCCGAUACGCCACUACUUGUUCUUCGACCGACAGCAAGGAGAAGACGCCAUUGAUCAUCAACAGCUUCUUGACCAACCGCACCAAGGAUGAGACGACUUUCAACCAGGAGAUUGAUCUCCGCAAGAAGGUUGAGAAGAUCGUCGGAGAUGCUGACAUGUACCUCAUCAGAUACUCCCCCAAACGCCGCCAGGCCACAACCCAACUCAUCACCAAAGACGAAUCCACCUUCGACCUAACCGACAUGGAGCGCAAAGACCGCUGGAAAUACUACACCUCCUCCUUCGUGCGCAUCGAGCCCACCGAAGGCGUCCCCCUCGACCGCAUCCGCCGCUCCGUCCUCACCCGCAACCUCUCCCCCCACGAAACCGACUCCGACUCCGGCCUGGUCUCGCAAUCGCGCAAGCCCCUUCUCUGGGCCGAAGACCUCACCAUCCGCAUCUGCGUCAACACGUAUCGCCUGACCUACAAGACGGGCACCUCGGAGUGGUUCGUCUACUCGGAUGGCAGGCAGGAUGAGGCUGCGGCGAGGGCGACAACGGAGAAGAGGAAUCAGAGGUCUAGGGAGAAGUUCGAGAUGAAUAGUAGGUGGAUGGAGAAUAAGAGCCAGCAGGAGGUACAGAAGACGAAUGAGGACUUUAAGAAGUGGAUUAACGAGGGCUCGGGUGCGGCGGAGUGAGCGCUGUCAAGGCUUCGCUGGUCUGUUAUGGUGCUCUAGUGGGAUCCGCUGUGUAAUCUUCAUUCGGCGUUUGCGAAUCUUUUAUGCGGGGUG